AUGAUAUUCAUCCAUGCAUUUCAUUCGGCCACGUGGCAGUCGGCUAGUGUUUAUUUCCCGCCUAAGUCCUUUAGGGUUUAUGGCUUCUUCCUCGUCGAUGGCGGUAGUCGAUCGUCGCGCUCUUUGUCCAACGCGCUCGCGCGCGCAUUCGCAUUCCCGGAAAUAUCGAUAGCUGGACUAACAGUGAUUGUUUUGUUCUCUUUUUCUAGGGCGGAGAAUCGGGAAGAACAGCGAAUGGAGCUUAUUGACUUGCGCUAUCGUCCACAGGGAUGCGACAAGAUCGAUACGUCCACGGGCGCGUAUCGAUCGAUAUGUUUUUUGCCCCAGGUAUUGCCACAGGUUUUCUUUCCCAUGGCGCUCUUAGUCAUACUCUCGAUGAUCAUAGCGCUUUUACUGCCGCGGCAGGGCGAUUCCCGGAGCUUCUACUUGAGCCAGAUGAAUUUUCUCGACACGAUCGACACCAAAGGCCACGCAAAUCUUCUCCUCAGGUACAUAUCUCUCACUCAGAUCAUCGGCUCCGGGAAGAACAGCGUCGGGCGAGCGUUCUACAAUCGCCCCGUCUAUCUCUUGGAUCAGACCACCGGCAAGGCUCUCUCUUUCCAGACACACUUCGUCUUCCAGAUCCUCCACGGUGGAGCUCCCGCCGACGGCAUGACGUUCCUCAUCUCUCCACACAUGAGCUUCGAUCUCACAGCGUCGGGUGGCCAGUAUCUGGGCUUCAACGCCGAGGGAACCAACGGGAACGCGAGCAACCAUCUCUUCGGUGUGGAAUUCGACACCUUCUCCAACGAGUGGGAUCCUCCGAAUCCUCACGUCGGGGUGGACGUGAACGGGGUGAAUUCCACUGGCAAGACCAUCAUCCAGGACGAGCUCGAGCUGAGCCUCGUAAGAAACAUGACACUCAAGGCAAGGAUAGAGUUCGAUGGGAGCUUGGAACAAGUGAAAGUCUGGCUGGUGGAGAAUGGAUCGGACUGGCAAGAACCGGUUUUGAUCACCAACGUGAGCUUGAGCAGCGUUCUACUCCCAGAGAUGUGGGUGGGCUUCUCGGCUGCUACAGGUUUCUCAACCGAGCUCCACAACGUUUAUAGUUGGUCGUUUUCAGUGGAGGAUCCAGCUCCAGCUCCAACCAUGGUUUCACCCGAGCUCUCCAGAGGCGACAGAAACAAGGGGGUGAUUGUCAAGGCUUCGGUUCCGCUGUCAGUGUUCGCGGUGGCUGUUGCCGGAACGAUCGUGAUCUAUGGUUUCUACCUGGCGAAGAAAGCUACAUACCCGUGCGUUCCCCAGAUCACAAGCUUCACGUACAGGGAGCUUCACUCGGCAACGAAAGGAUUCAGCUCGAAGGAGCUUCUCGGCAAGGGAGGCUCGUGUGUGGUUUACAAGGGAUAUAUCUCCAGCAUCGGCUCUCAGGUGGCUGUCAAGGCUUUGUCCGAGGCGCCAAAGCACGCGGAGGCUCAGUUUCUAGCGGAGCUCUCGGUCAUCAGCACGGUCCGGCACCACAAUCUAGUUUCUCUCCGGGGCUGGUGCAAGGAGAAGAACAAGCUGCUGCUCGUCUACGAGUUCAUGGCCAACGGAAGCCUGGAUCACUUCAUCUUCUCCAAGCAGCCGAGAGUGCUACUGUCGUGGAGCCAGCGCUACGAGAUCAUGAAAGGUGUGGCCGAGGCGCUGGCCUACCUUCACGAGGGACUCGGCAAGAGGAUAGUUCACAGGGACGUGAAAGCAGCGAACGUUCUCCUGGACGAGAACUUCGUCGCAAAGCUGGGGGACUUCGGGCUGGCCAAGUCCAUGGAGCAUGCCAAAGGCGCGCAGACCAUGACGAAGGCCGGGACAGUGGGAUACAUCGCUCCGGAGCUGGCAUUCACAGGCAGAGCUACGGAGAAGUCGGAUGUUUACAGCUUUGGGAUCCUGGUUUUGGAGAUCGUAGCAGGGCGGCAAGCUCUGGACUACACUGUCCAGUCCACGGAAGCCAACAUCGCCGCCGACGAUUGCCCUGUGCUGAUCGACUGGGUGUGGAGGAAGCACGAGCAUGACAAGCUUGUGGAAGCCAUAGACUCGAGGCUGCAAGUGGAAGGCAAGGAAGAAGAGGUGCUCAAGACGAUCAGGAUGGGAUUGCUGUGCUGCUUGCCGGAUGCAAACCAUCGCCCAACAAUGAAGAGGUGCUGCCAGCUGCUGAAUGGAGACGCGGAGAUCCCAGCCAUGCCGGAUUCGAGGCCGCGAGCCGUGUCGAUCCGGCUAUUUGACGAUGAGUAUGAGUCGGGCACCGUGAGCUACAUGAUGGAUUGGCAGCGCAUCGUUUCGAGCAGCUCAAGCUAA